UUCCUUCUCCAGUGGUAGAUGGAGUGAUGCAAGGAGACUGCCAUCCCUGCCCUCACUGCACUGUUGCAUUUAGCACAGUGGAGUUCCUCACAAGGCACUUAAGAAGGCAUCCUGAAGCCCCCAGACCAACAUCCACUGGGCAACCUUCUUCCUCCAGAGUGAACACUGAUUCACAACAUCAACGUGGGCAGAGGCCGUUCACCCCAUCUGACGGAAUUGGGAAAUCAGGUGCUAUUCAAGGACGAAUAGUGGAGAGGCGGCAUGAAUGUCCUGACUGUGGGAAGUGUUUCACGCAGGUAGCGCACCUCCACGUACACCAGCGGACCCACACCGGAGAGAGGCCGUACACAUGUCCUGACUGUGGGAAGUGUUUCACGCAGGCGCAGAGCCUCCACGUACACCAGCGGACCCACACCGGAGAGAGGCCGUACAAAUGUCCUCACUGUGGGAAGGGCUUUGCAUGGGCAGGGGACCUCGACAGACACCAGCAGACCCACACCGGAGAGAGGCCGUACAAAUGUCCUGACUGUGGGAAGUGUUUCACGCAGGUAGCGCACCUCCACAUACACCAGCGGACCCACACCGCAGAGAGGCCGUACAAAUGUCCUCACUGUGGGAAGGGCUUUGCACAGGCAGGGUCCCUCCACAGACACCAGCGGACCCACACCGGAGAGAGGCCAUACAAAUGUCCUGACUGUGGGAAGGGCUUUGCAGACUCAGGGACCCUCCGGAAACACCAGCGGACCCACACCGGAGAGAGGCUGUACAAAUGUCCUGACUGUGGGAAGGGCUUUGCACGGGCAGGGACCCUCCAACCACACCGGCGGACCCACACCGGAGAGAGGCCAUACAAAUGUCCUGACUGUGGGAAGAGCUUUGCAGACUCAGGGAACCUCCAACUACACCAGCAGACCCACACCGGAGAGAGGCCGUACAAAUGUCCUGACUGUGGGAAGGGCUUUGUACUCUCAGGGAACCUCCACAGACACCAGCGGACUCACACCGGAGAGAGGCCGUACAAAUGUCCUGACUGUGGGAAGAGCUUUGCACGGGCAGGGACCCUCCACAAACACCAGCGGACCCACACUGGAGAGAGGCCGUACAAAUGUCCUGACUGUGGGAAGAGCUUUUCUUAUCUCCGUCAGCAGAAAGCUCACACCUGCCUUGAAACGUGCCCCGUGUGCGGGAAUGUGUUUAAAGACUCAGCAGCUUUCACUGUUCACCUGAGAGCCUGUGCUGGACAGUAACACAGAGAAAGGUCACCAAUUUACAGUUAUCAUUUCCUUUAUAUUAUUUCAUUUUA